CAAGGGCAGGCCGGAGGAUGCGGGGACGGGGUUCGCGGCGAUGGAACCGUUGACCGAGGCCACCGAGGCAUUGCUGGGUCGGCGCAGUUCCGCGCUGCUGUGAAUGUUGAUUGGGUUCGCGCCUUUGGAGCGCAACUGUGCCUCGGCUCCCACAACAUGGUGCCCCGCCGUGCUGGCAGUCAACAAGUUCUUCCUACAAACGCGCCAAGAAGUCAGCGGGGGGUCAACUUUGCGGGUUUGGGGAUUUCCCCAUGGGCGUCAUGUCGUGCAUCCCCAAUUGUCCGCCUGCAUUGUGCCUCGGCAUUGUACCGAGGCACCGUGGUGAGCGCGAGGAUGCGGGUUUGCGGCCUGCAAGAUACGGCUCGCCGAAGGUUCCGCCACGGACACACGGGGGAACUGAGACGGCCGGGUCAAACUUACUUUCGUCGGCGGCUCUCCUGGACAACGCACUCGACAUUGUCCCAUCUGCAGUUGCCGCAGGGCGCGCCUUCAACCACGUCGCAGCGGACUUUGCGCGCGCGACAGCUCACACAAGCGCGGGCGGCUCUGCGUUUCGUGAUCUUGGUUGGGGGAGCUCCGUCCUUCAGGUCCGCAUCCGAUGAAGAGCGCUUCUUGCUCUGCUCCUGGUCCGAGGUGUCGUUGGCGUCGUCGUUUUUCGGGUCCUCGGCAGCCUCGGCAGGCUCUUCCGUGGUCGCCAUCGUCAGCGCCGAUAGAUCGGUGGCCGGCUCGGGGGCGGGCGUUGCCUCGAGGGCGGGCGCGGUGGUGGUGGUGGUAGUUUCGGUCGCCAUUGUCGCGGCACGCAAGCAGUCUCUCCUAUUUAGAGACUGCUCGUUGUUCAGGCCGGUUGCUUAGGGGUAAAGUAGACGAGGGGGUGUCGUCGUCAGUCUCGGGAAAUGGGCCGAGUUUAAAGAUGAAGAAUCGUUAUGUUGCUCCGGCAAAAGGACUUAAUACGUAUGGAAGCGACUUGCAGAUGUAAGGGGCUCGCAUAUACGGGCACCA